GCAUAUACCCAGCCUCGGCAUGAUUGUGUCAUAAUUUGAGGUUUUUAUUUCGAACUUCGUGACAAUGAACCACGAAGUCCGCUUCGUGGUGAGGAGAUGAAUGGUCAUGUGUGCUCUAUUUAUCGUCGGCAAUGUAUGCACUCUGUCUCGAGCAUCGUGUGCGAAACGAUGCAUUCUAUAUUGCUUUCGUGUUUGAGCGCGCUCGCACUCAUCCCUGUUGUCAAGGCAAAAUAUGAUCAGUACAUUUUAGCUCCCACCUCACGAACAAUAUUUCCGGCUUCUGUUCACAAGAUCAAUGGCACCGUGAAGGACGCAGAGACUCUAUGUGGCAGUUCUCCAGGAAACGCAGUGUUUAAUGGAAUAUCUUCGGUAGCAUAUGACUAUGGUAAGAACGUAGGAGGUCUUGUCACCAUCACGAUUGGAAGCACGUCCGAUCAGGAGCAGUUCAUCGGCGUAGCGUUUAGUGAAUCAUCUCUUUGGAUCUCGGAUCUGUGGUCCGACGCCACAGCAGACGCCGGCAACGACGAGAUUCUCUGGUGGAAAAUUACUGGGCCUGGAGAUUACACUGUUGAGCGGAAGCAUCAACGGGGCGGGUUCCGGUACAUGACUUUAGUCCACAACACCACUGGUUCUGUAGGGGUCAAGCAAGUUCAAACUUACUUCACUGCUUUGCCACAUCUUGCGGACGAUGAAUUGCGGAACUACAGCGGGUGGUUUCACUCCAACGAUGAACUUGUCAACCGAAUAUGGUACGCUGGAGCCUACACAGCUCAGCUUUGUACUAUCGAUCCACAUUACGGCAAUUCACUCAAUUUCUUUGGUACAAUCACUGCCAGUGAGUCUAUAAAUGGUUCUGUCCCAUGGUGGUCAAAUACAACAAUCGCAAAUGCCAGCUCUGUUCUAGUCGAUGGAGCGAAACGUGACAGACUGGUAUGGCCAGGAGAUAUGGUUACGUCUUGGCCGACCAUGCUCGUCUCAACGAACGACAAAAUCACUGUUAAAAACUCACUGGAUUCUCUAUUCGAGAGACAAAAUAAAUCUACUGGCGUAAUGCCUUAUGCGGGAUAUCCGUUUCCACUUAUAUAUUCUGCGACGUAUCAUCUACAUAACCUCAUCGGUGCUGCAGAGAUCUACCUUUACGACGGAGAUCUCCAAUGGAUCAGCGCCAAAUGGGAACAGUGGAAAUUUGCAUUGUCGUAUUCUCUUAGCACGGUAGAUUCAUCCGGCCUUAUGAACGUCACCAGCAGCGCUGACUGGUUGCGCUUCGGCAUGGGUGGGCACAACAUCGAAGCUAAUGCGAUCUUGUACCAUACUCUGAACUAUGGCAUCAUGUUGGCGCAGGCGCUCAAUGACAACAGCGUGCUCGAAACAUACAUGAACUAUUCUCAGAACAUCAAGUCUGCUGCGAACAAGCUACUUUGGGAUGAAAGCGCAGGACUUUACAAAGACAACGAGACGACGACUUUGCACCCUCAGGACGGGAACUCCUGGGCCGUCCUAUCCAACCUCACUGACUCCACCGAGAAAUCCGCCACCAUUUCUGCGGCGCUCGCUGCGCGCUGGGGUCCAUACGGUGCUCCAGCCCCCGAGGCUGGCGCAACGGUAUCUCCAUUCGUUGGAGGGUUUGAACUCCAGGCUCAUGCCGUAGCUGGCAACACCACGGCUCUUCUCGACUUGUGUCGCCUGCAGUGGGGCUUCAUGCUGGACGAUCCGCGGAUGACAAACUCAACUUUCAUAGAAGGAUAUAGCACAAAUGGAGAUCUGCACUACGCACCGUACACAAAUGAUCCUCGAGUGAGCCAUGCGCACGGCUGGAGUACGGGGCCAACGAGCGCAUUGACAUUCUACGUGGCGGGCGUGCAGAUCGUGGAAGCCGCCGGGAAGACCUGGAGGAUUGCUCCAAGGCUGGGAGGAUUGACCGAAGUCGAUGCUGGGUUUGCAACAAGUCUAGGGCAGUUCUCAGCGAGCUCGAGACUGAAUAAAGGCGGCUGCAUAAGUGUGGAGUUCAAAACUCCUGAGGGAACCAUGGGGACGGUUAGCGUUGAGACGUCAGGAUGUAGCGGGCAAUUUAAACUAAAGCCUAGCAGUGGUGAUGGUGGUUCAAGUUCAGCCAAGAUGAGCAAAAACGGAGACACGGUGGAAUUUGAUAAUGUGCCUGGAGGCAGUUGGACAUUGACAUGUUCGUAGUUCGGCUGUGGCAUAUUUAUAAGUGUUGAAUGAUUCAUAGCAGGCUUUGACGGAAUUUUGACCGACGAGAACACUAAUCAAAUGCCGAACUAAAUGAUUGACGGGGCCAAAAACAAACUAAAAUAUGACAUGAUCUAGAGAAAGCCUCGAAUCGGGCUCGUUG